ACAUGCAAUUGAGCAGCCGUGUACUAGAAUUGUUUUCAUGUGAAAAGGAAAUAUACAUAAAGCAGUCUUCAUUUAAUCAACAGAUGAAAACUAAAACAAGAAAAUGUAAUCGGUUUAUGAUUCAAACAUGCAAAAUAAAUACAUCAAAAAUACUAGAAACAAACUGUAAACAACACUAUGGUCCAAUUGAGCCCAAGGGAUUAGGAACUUUUAAAAAUAUUUUCUGUUAUAUUUGCAAUGGAUUCGACCUUGGACUAACAUUUCCCCCAUCAGUAAUGGUUCCAGAUACUGGUAUCAUCGGUUUAACAGACGUAUCAUACCCUGAUACAUUUGUUCGUUUCUAUAGUUCAAGAGUGGCUGGAAUGUGCAAUUCGUCAGUGGAAUGGUUUCAUCCGUAUCAGAGACGGUGCUAUCAUAUUGUGUGUUCACCACAGCUCCAACUACAAGAUGGUGAAUGUCUUCCCAUACAAAACGAUCUUAGGACAGUGUACCAUAUCCUGUUUACAAUAGACGACGUGUUCUACAAGGCACAAAUGGAUCUUCUAGCAAAUAAAAUAAAAGAGGAUUUGCAGACAUUAAGAAUUACCAAUUAUGUAACAUAUGUUGGAAUUCUAGAUUAUUCAAAUAAUGCCUUUAUCCAUGUAUACUUUUUCUUAGAAGAAUCGCAAUUCAGAAACCUAACAAAAAUUUUAUCUUUCAUUAAAGAUAAUUGGAAAUUUGGUCAACAAGUAACAGAUGAUUCGAUUUUGUCACAAUUCUGGAAAACGUCACAUGAGAUCGUUUCUGAUGAUGUUUUAUUAGCCUGCUGCCAAAAAGAAACCCCAGCCCCGUUUGAUCAACGUAUUGUUGAACUGAGUGAUCACUAUAUCUGUCCGCAUAUUGUACAAGACUAUUUGGAAUUUGAAGACGAACUGAAUGGCAGUUUAACAUUAUACAACACGAGUUUAACAUUAAAUAAAGGGGAGUAUAACAUGGAUCAGGAAAAUCGCGUAACGGUCUGUAUACAGACAAUCAAUGAUAAAUGGCAGCUAUAUUUGGAUCAGGAAAAUACUGAUGUCAAACCUCGGGGUCUUUUUGAGCAUGCAUUGACCAUUUUACAAAUAAGCUUUUUGGUCCUGUCAUUACUUUCUCUAUUUCUAACAUUUCUGACAUAUUGCACGUUCUCGAUUCUGAGGACAUCAGCAACAAAAAACAAUAUGGCGCUCGUUGUAUGUUUAUUUCUAGCGCAACUGAUUUUGCUGAUCGGAAGCUUUCAGUCGACCAAUGAUAUUAUUUGUAAAAUAUUUGGUAUACUAAUUCAUUAUUCAUGGUUGUGCGUUGUCUUUUGGAUGAAUGUUUGUUCGUUUCACAUGUUUUCUGUUUUCCGAUUAGCAUCGGUGUCGAGAAUACCAAGUUCUGCCAAACGAUUUAUUAAAUAUACAUUAUAUGCUAAUGGCCUACCCUUGAUUAUUGUUGCUAUGGUGAUUUCAUCGUCGUCGAUGAUUUACGGCACUCCUGGUUAUGGUAGGAGGAAAUGUUACUUAGACACGCCUCUUUUAGUGGGAGUAACCUUUAUCUUGCCGCUUGCUUUGGUUAUUAUUUGUAACUUCAUUUUCCUAUCACUAACAAUAAUAUCGAUAAAUAAGACCUCUAAUAAUGCCAGACUUGUUGGUAAAGAUCGACACCAUACCAUGGUAUACAUAAAACUAUCGACACUUACCGGCAUCUUCUGGACGGUCGAUAUUUUAUCAAACGUUUUCUUACAUGAUAUCUUGAGCGUAUUAUCCACAAUUUUAAACUAUGGUCAAGGUAUUUUUAUCUUUCUGUCUUACAUGGUAAAUCGACGAGUUGCUAACAUGUGGCUUGGUCUGUGUGGUAAACAACUCCCUUUGAGUAGCACUGAAUCACCGAAGGCAAGCAAUGAUUCAAAACAAGAUAAAAAACAACCCAGCACUGAGGAAGUGGAAUUCAAGUAAUUUAAUUAAUCAAAUUCACUAAUUAUUGUUGUUUUGAACAACAUCUUGUUUGCGUAUUCUGAUUACAAUUAUAUUUCGUUUCGACUCGUUUUAAUGCUACGUCUACAUUUAAAUGUAUACAUUUAGAUCUGUAUAAUAAUACACUCAGAUUUAAAUUUUGUUAUUAAUACGCCCACAUUUAAAUCACUUUAAUAAUACGCACAUGUUAAAAUUUGUGUAAUAAAACGCCCACAUUUACAGCUGUAUAUUACCACUUAAA